UUCAAUAAUUUCAAUUCAUAAACAGACUGACAGGGUUGUACCAUUUCUGAUGUGAUGUCAUUCCUAAUUGAUUUGAUUCCAAAUUGUACAUAGGCUACAGUAAAAAAGUCUAAUGUUAUUUUAUCUUGAACAUGUGGUCCAACCCUUUUUGACGAUCUAAUUAGAUACUUAUUGUGUGUUACCCGAAGAGUGUAUUUUAAGGUAUUCUUUAAUUAUGAGAUCAUAUGAGCUGUUUAAGUACACUCUACAAUGAUGCUGUAAGCUCUAUGACACAAAAGUAAGAUUUGGAGUUGAUAAAAAUGAAGCUAUAUAUCUGGACAAUCGUUUUACUUGGGCUUGUGCUCUCGUCACUCGCCGAUGAGAAACCGGUGAAAAGGAGACGGUUAAGAUUGAGGAAAAAGAAGAGGACGCCAUUACCAAAACUGCCCACUCCACUUCCCCUAAUUGCAAAAGAGUCCAUUGGAUACAAGGCGGUGGUGCAUACUCUGCCUCCAAUUUUUCACAUGACUUUACCAGUUACUGGACAAUCUGGGGAAAUCGAGAAAUAUGCAGAUAUUAUAAGUGCAAAAAUACACGAGAAGAUGCAAACAAAUCCUCCAACUAUUACAACAGCGAAUGAAGAUCUAGAAAAGUUUUAUUCAACUCGUCCUGCUGCAGAAUCUAAGCACGAGGAGACCCAUUCGACAAAACCGAGUCCUGUUUUAGAUAUUACAAACGUCCCUACGAUAGGACUAGAUAUUUCCAAUAUAAUUAAAGCAGUGGAGGACAGGGAACGUUCUCCAAUUGAAAUACCCGGCUCUGACAAAUCCCUCACACGAAACGGAGAAUUCAAUCCGCGAAAAGGAUACGAUGGCAUACUCGAAAAGGACAAUGAUGACUUCCCUAUAAAAGAUGCAAAAGGCAACCAGCCACAACCUUAUGGUAUGGUGGACAGCGAAAGCUGGAACCCCAAAUCGCAAAACAGAGAAGCUAGUCAGCCACAACGUUAUAAAGAAAUUCCUCAUGAACCUCAAAGUUAUGGAGAACGCAUGGAAUUCCUACAACAUGGUCAUCUUCGUCCCUACAAACAACCACAACCACGAAGAUCAGAACCACGUCAUCGACCAUACAACCCCCAGCCGCAUAGACCAAUGCAUUACGAGCAACCACGUUACAACCAAGAUCCAUAUUUCCCAAGGUACCCAAGUUACUAUCGAGGUGAUCUCUACGAUUUCCAUCAUUUUAACCAUCGUGAUGCGAAUCCUCAAAGUGACUUGCACAAUCUUAAUAACCCCUGGGAUGAAAAGUUAGAAGACCAUCCGAGUGAACCUGACAAGGCUGAACAUGUAAUUCACGAUGAUAUAAAGAUUCCACGUCAUGAACUUCAUGUUACUAAACCUGGUCCUAUUGAGGACGUUGAUGAGAGACUCGACAAAAUAGACGACAAUACAGCACCGAUCAAGCGCUUUAAGUAUCGCUCCGAACCUGUUUUUGAUUCCUAUUUUGACAGCCCAAUGAUGCCAUGGGAAUAUAAAAGACCAUAUGGUUACAGACAUGAUAGGAGACCAUACGAAAGAAUGCCCCAUCAUCAGCCUCGCUAUAGACAGUUUGACGACUUACAGAACGAUCGGCGAUAUAAUGCAAUGGAAAAUGCUCGUUAUAGGCCAGUACAUGAAACACAUAGACAACUAGAAGAAACAAAGAGGCCAUUCAUAGUCCCAAGUACGUCCGAACCAUACCGAACUUUAGCAAUGAUGAAUGAAUUACCUACAACAAAUACUUAUAACAAGUACACAAGUUUGGCUCCGAAGAUGGUGAAAGAGUCAAAUCAAAUUAAACGCGUCGAAUCAAAGAGUUUCAUAUUUGGUUUACAAGGUGCAACACCCAAAAGACUACCAUCGUAUAGAUAUGGCGAUGAUGAUGUUAAGGCACAUAUGAUUAAUGCUGCCCCUAUGUCAAACCCUACUACUUAUACUGGUGCCACAGUUGUUGAUUUGGCUAAAAAGUUUGGAGCUUCAACAUUCGCUGAGCUUCUUGAUACCACUCCACUGAGGACAUUGACAGAUUCCUUUACCGUGUUCAUUCCCCCAAACUCAGCAUUCACUAGCAUUGCUAAGGACAACCGCACGUCUCUAGAAUCCAUACUGCAGUAUCAUAUAGGUACAGAGGUAGCCUUUAGAUCAGAGCUUGGGAAUGAAGUCCUCAUCGAUACAAGGGCAGGGGUACCAGUAAGGAUCAAUGUCUACAAAAAAGUGACAUCUGCAUCAUGUGUUCCAAUCAAAUACUUCGACAAGGCUAUUGCAAGCGACCGUAAUUCUCGGCCAUCUGCAGUUGGACAUGUCCUGGAUGGAGUUCUUACGAUACCCUCGGGGACCAUAUUGGAUAUCGUAUCAUUGGGCAAGGAAUUCAGCACACUUAAAAAGGCAAUUGCAGUUGCUGGCAUGACAGAAGCACUACUAGGCGGACCAUUCACCAUAUUUGCCCCUAACAAUAGGGCAUUUAACAAUUUGCCAUACGGAGUUUUAGAUGCUUUACUAAAAAAUCCUUCAAAACUAAAGGAUGUCCUUUUAUACCACAUAGUAGAUGGAACUAUCUGUAAUGUUGGCCUGGAGAGUGGACCUCUCAAGACGUUGAACGGACACAGUGUCAAUGUUGCCGUUUACUCUGCAGCAAGGAUCAACUUCAGCAAUGUACUCGUAGAAGACAUUGUUGCCACUAAUGGCGUAAUACACGCCAUCGACGCUGUGCUUAUCCCUCCAGCUACCACCAUUGUAGAGGAAGCCAAACCUCACCAACAACAAUUCUACUAGUAUCUUGAUUGCUGUCAACAAACACUGCCUUGUCACCUGUCUCGGACUUGUUUCCUCUGUAUCUAGUUGGAGAGGAGAAUAUCAUGAAUAUUGCCCUGCUCCAGCAUACUGGUUGCAUCUACAUUGCAUCUGUAUUUUUCCUUUUGUACUUCACCACCAUUUGGAUGGGGUGGUGUGUAUAAUUGGGAGGGGAGGAGUCACACGGAGACCUGUAUUUAGACUUGUCUUUUUGCCUGAACUUGUGGAAUAUUGGGUAACUUGUUUGAGCAAAGAAUAGAUGCCUGAGUAUGCUUGAUGCAGUUUAUUAUUUUGUUUAAACUUUAAAGUACUCAAUAUGCAACGAAUGGAGUACAAUUUUACGCCCUCCUACUUUAUUAUCUGAACGCAUAGUCUAAUGCAGCAAUUUGUCUCCAGGAGUAUCAAUAGAUGGCAUAAAAUUAGCAUAGAAUAACUUUAAAAAUCUCAACAAAAUGAUUAUCACUUUAUAUUUUAUCUUCUAACAUGUUGGAACCAAACCCACGUGAUAUGACCAUUGUGUGCCAUCUAUUGGCGUCCUCGAAGACAUUGGAGCUAGCGCAGUAUAUUCAAUUAUGCUUGAUGCAUCAGUUGUCAUGAUAUUUCAUUCGAGCAUUAUCUUAUCAUCGUCUAAUAUUUAAAAAAAUACAGUUGAGACAACGUUGGAAUGAUUAUUACCGUUUUGAAAUAAUUCUAUAAAAUAGAUGUCAGUAAAUUCAAAA